AUGGCGGCGGUGCGAGCGCAAUCGGCGGCGGAUUCUGCGGCGGUGGAGCGGCUAGAGAUAACGCAGCCCGACGACUGGCACCUGCACGUGCGGGAUGGCGCUGCCCUGCAAUCCGUUGUGCCGUUCAGCGCGGCUGUCUUCCACCGAGCAGUAAUCAUGCCCAACCUGCGCCCACCGGUCACCACCACACUGGCAGCAGCAGAGUACCGCGAGCGGGUGCUGGCAGCGGUGCCAGAGGGGAGGCGAGGGGAGGCGGGCUUUAAGCCGCUCAUGACGCUCUAUCUCACAGACGACACCACACCAGAGGAGGUGCAGAGAGCAAAGGACGGGGGACUAGUGGUGGCGUUCAAGCUCUACCCCGCGGGAGCAACGACCAACUCAGCAGCGGGAGUGACGGACCUCUUUGGCCGCUGCUUCCCGGCCAUUCAGCACAUGUCGCACAUUGGCAUGCCGCUGUUGCUGCACGGGGAGGUGGUGGAUCCAUCAGUAGACAUGUUUGACCGCGAGAAGGAAUUCAUUCAUCGAGUGCUCUCGCCCCUGCUGGCCCGCCUGCCCACCCUGCGAGUCGUCCUCGAGCACGUCACCACCGCAGAUGCGGUCGAGUUUGUGUUGAAAGCACCUGAGGGGCGGGUGGCUGCUACAGUGACGCCGCAGCACCUGCUGUGGAACCGCAAUGCGCUGUUCACGGGGGGUAUUAGCCCGCACCACUUCUGCUUGCCUGUGCUCAAGCGAGAGACACACCGUCAGGCCAUUGUAGCAGCGGUGACGGGCGGCAGCACUCGUUUCUUUCUCGGCACAGACAGCGCGCCGCACGAGCGCACCACUAAGGAGGCGACAUGUGGCUGCGCAGGGAUCUUCUCUGCGCACGCCGCCCUGCCCCUUUACGCCCGGGCAUUUGAGCAGGUGAGAGGGACGUGGUAA